AUGAACAAGGAAAAACCAGUACCUGAUAAAUGUGAGAAAUAUGAAAACCAGCGUAUGGUAGGUGGCUCUAUUAGGGCUGAUGGUUCUGUUCGCAAAACUUAUAAGAUUCGACCAGGGUAUACGCCUCCCGAAGAAGUUCAACGUUAUGUACCCCGAGCUAAACGAUUUCAAGGAACUUCUGAGCCAAUAAAAUCUGGAAAAAUUACUGUAAAGAACUUGGAGGAAUUUCCUGCUUUAGGAAGUAAAUCUUCUGAAACCAAGCUAAAAGACAAGCAUGAAAAUACCAAUGAAACUUUGGAGAGGAAUAAUACCAAACAGCUACGCACAGAAAAUAUAGAUAAACUUAUGGAAGGGCUUUGUAUAUCACAAUCUACUGAAAAAGAAGUUAAUAAAAAGAGCUUGUAUAUACCACCUUGGAAAAGAAAAAGUCAGUCAAAGUAA